UUUGAAACUCCAACCGGAAGAAUCGAUAGCAACAAACAGUCUAGCAGGCAGCUUCUCUUCUCUUUUUGUACUUUAACAUUAACUCACAUUCAAAGAAAAUGGAUUCUACAAAUGACGAUCCAACUAAAAUGUACGUUUAUGAGAACAGACUGCAAACUUUUGUCGGAUGGCCGUUUGAAGAGGGUUGCGUUUGCACUCCCGAAAACAUGGCCAAAGCUGGAUUCAUUCACACUCCGUCAGACAAUAGUCCAGAUAUAGCGCAGUGUUUUUUCUGUUUGAAAGAGCUGGAAGGAUGGGAACCUGAUGAUGACCCUGAGAAAGAGCACAAAGCACAUUCACCCACCUGUGAUUUUAUCUUACUGAAGAAAGAAAUGGAGAGCCUGACAGUGGAGGAGUUUCUCAAACUUCAGAAAGAGAAACAGAAGUUUAUUAUUAAAAAGAAGUGUGGCCAAGCCAUUGAUAAAUUUGAAGAGGCAGUGAAGCUCAAGAGAGCUCAGAUCGUCCAGUCUGCGAUGGAGGAAGAAUAAAGGACUGCUUUUGCUUUUCCAUUUCACCUAUCUUUCAAUCUUUCUCAUAUUGUCUGUCCUUUGUAAAUGUGUUCCAUACUGGAAUCUGUAAACUACAUCACCCAUGUUAAUCAUCUUAAAAAAAAAUUCAUACUUGAUAGUAUUUAUUUUCAACUAAAAGUUUACUGAAACAACUCUCCGAAGGCAUUUGUUUUGUAACAAGACUGUUUUGUUACAUUUUAAUAAACAAUGAAUUGCUGUUCACUUGGAAAAAAAAUGUGCCAUAAAUAGAUGCAAAAUUGCUUUGUGCCUGUAUCUUGAAUUGGCAAUUUUAUUUCAUAAUUAAAAAUGUAUAAAUGAGUAAUGCA